AACCCUAAUCUUUUAACUCAUCUUUCAUAUCAAAGAACAAAACUUUAUUCUUUAACCAACAGGCGCCACUUGAUUCCAUCGUUAUUUUUUUCCAGGGAAAAUUCCAAAGAAAAUUUUAGUUAAUUUCAUUAACCGAACAAUCCCCAAAGUUUCAUUAACAUAAAAAUUAAUCGAAGUCUCCUUAGUUACCCAUAUUUUUGGUAAAAAAAAUCCGAAUUUUAUACCACAUUCAAAUGUAUUUGUAAAAGACCAAACCCCCUAGAACGUUUUUCUCAAAAAAAUUUUGGUUAAUUAUGGCUAGUAGGAAACUGGUUCGUGAUUUUCUCAUUGCAAGACAGCCCCUUUUUCAUCGGCUUACGACUCAACAGGGUUCGAAUGUAAGAUUAAGAUUGCUAUCUGGAAAAGGUUAUUCGAGAAAUCGACAGUUCAGUGUCUUCAAUGAAUUCUCCAAGAAAAUUAAAGGCGAAGCUAACAGAAAUCAGGAUUUUAAGCAAUCAGUUGAGGAGCUAAAAGGGAAAGCGGAAGAGCUGAAAGUUAGAACGAAGCAGACGUCCGAGCAGCUUUACAAACAGGUCGAUGGUGUGUGGACAGGGGCCGAAGCUACAGCUAAAAAGGUUUCUGCCAAUGUGAAAGAGAAGAUUUCAGCUGCCAAAGAGGAGGUUAAGGGAACUUUCGGGAUUGGAAAGGAAGAGUUUUCACAGUCGACCGAUACUUCAGCUCAGCAGGGUGCUGAUGCAAAAGAUGAAGGCACAACAUCAUCCAAAGAACAAAAUGACCAGCAACCUGGAACGAGUGAUGCCGCGGAAACUGUAUUUGGAAAAUUUAAGUCUCGCAUGUCUUCUCCAAAGGUUUCUUCAGCUUUCCAAAGGUUAAAGGAAGCAAAGGUUGUCGAUUUAGCAAAGAAGGGUUAUGACAUUGUUAAGGAUGAGUUAAGUGGUAAUCCGAGUAAGAGAAAACAUCUGGAGUAUACCCCACCUCCUUCAUCGACGGGUGAAAGAAGUACAAGAACUGAUAUUGUUGUUUUGCCAUCUAAGCAAUCCCCUUGGAGUAAGAAGUGGGAGGCGUUCAAAGAGAAAAUGCAAGGUCAUCCAUUAUUCAAGCGUGUUAGUGGGAUGAGUGAACCCGUUGUGACGAAGGGCCAAGAGAUUGCAGAAGAUAUGCGUGAAAGAUGGGAGACCAGUGAUAACCCCAUUGUUCACAAAAUUCAGGAUAUAAACGAGAGUAUCUUUCAAGAAACAGAUGCUGCAGCAUCAUACAAAGAAAUACGCCGACGAGAUCCGUCAUUUUCUUUGCCAGAGUUUGUAGCUGAAGUUCAAGAAGCAAUCAGACCAGUCCUGAAUGCUUAUAUAAAAGGAGAUGUUGAAACUUUGAAAAAGUAUUGUAGUCCUGAAGUUAUUGACAGGUGCAAAGCGGAGCAUAUUGCUUAUCAGAGCCAUGGUAUAUUUUUCGAUAACAAGAUUCUACAUAUAUCAGAUGUAGAAGUUAGAGAGACCAAAAUGAUGGGGACUUCCCCUAUUAUCAUAGUGGCGUUUCAAACGCAACAAAUAUAUUGUGUACGAAAUAGAGAUGGCAAAAUAACAGAAGGUGGAAAGGAUACAAUUCACACUGUGUAUUAUGCAUGGGCCAUGCAACAAGUGGAUGUAGAAGAACUUGGAGAGGGUGCUCUUUAUCCAAUAUGGAAGCUUAGAGAAAUGCAACAAAUUGGUAUACAGGCCCUCAUCUAAAAGCUCGAUUUUAUGCCGAUGUCCUCUUAUAAAUGGAUAUUGUAAGAUUUGACCCCUCGAUAAUAUUUUUUCUGAUGAUAUGAUCCUCCUCUCUGGGUUUUGUUAGUUUCUUUACCAGGGAGAUUUUAGCUGAUGAAAUGAAUUUUUUAUUUAUUAUUUUCAGCAAAUAAAAGGAAUUGUUACCAAAGCAUGUUCAUGUUCAUUUAUGUUUAAGAUCAGGUUUACCUGAAAUUGUGAAUUGCAGUUCAAUGUAUGAUGUUCCUCAUCAUUGAUGAAUCUUAGCACUUAUGAUUUAAAUUCAA